AGAUAUUGGUUACUCCAUUUUUUGGAUAAACCGUAAUACAAUCAUCUACUGCUAAAACUGUGUUAUUACAUGACUGGUUUUGGAGAGAAAAGAAGUAUAAAAGUGUUAAAACCAAUUUUCGAAAGAGAUUAUGAAAAUUGUUUUGAAACGGAUAUAAAGUACGACUGCGAAAUAUUCUUGACUUCAAAAGUGGAGUUAAACGACAUCUUUGAAACAUCUGGGCAACAUGAAAAAACUCCUACGUACGCUAGGGGCUCUAAUAUUCGUGUCCGUCAUUACAGAAAGCCAUACCUAUGGAGCAGAGGAAAGUGUAUAUCAGCAGAUAGCUAAAGCAUUGUGGCAGUUACAAAUGAAAGGUGAUAUAGAGAAAGCACUUGGAAAUACAGACGUAUGGAGCAGCGUGCAGGGAAAUGCCCCCAGUGACUCUCGGAUACAUUUAGCUGACGCACCAAAGAUGAGACCCACCACCGUCCAGCCGAUCACAGCGAAAACAAAACGGGCAGCUUUCGCUCGCCGAGAAACAACUCGCCAAGUCACUAAUCGCCCAGCUCCAACAAUAUCACAAGCAAUGGGACAAGAUCAAAUAGCCCCCGGCAGUAUUUACACGAACAAAAUAAACAGGGCCACAGCGAGAGGAUAUGGAAGUUCACUGACAAAGCUUAUUGCAAGCAAGAUAAAGUUCAACCCUGCUCCAGAACCCAAAGUACAUUCGAAUCCUACCAUUGAUAGUAUAUUGGGACCUAUAGCUCAAGGAUCGAAUAACCGUUUGCCAAGUAAUUUCAUCCCAAUUCCCCCAACACUCACCAUUAAUGUUGCAAAAGUAAAAAAUACGCCUAUGCCCUCGAUUCCAAAGAACACAAAAUCACCACAACCAACGUUUGACCCAGAGGUAAAAAGUAAUCCUGUCCUUAUGAUCCACCAGAUUAAAAAAUCAGACGUUCCUUCACCGUCAUUUUCUGUGGACAAUACGGGACAACAGCCAGCAUCCUUUAGAUUCACUAAUAAGGAAGUGAAAAACAAUCAAUUGAAUGACAAAGGUGGCAAUGUUGAUAAAUCCGGCUUUGUAAACGAUUUUAAGGACUUUGAAAUCAACGAUGCACCACAGGUUAUCGUUGAACAAGCUUUAACGACUUCAAAACCUGUUGUUGUCAAAAAGCAAGAUGCUGAUUCAAAGCACAAAGGAAUGGAGAUAAAAACAGCUGUAAUAAAACCGAUACCUCAUAAACAUUCCUUACCUUCCAAAUCUGACAUUUUGAUAGAUGAUAUUCCUGUUGUAAAUCAACACAAAUCUGACUCCAGACCAGCUGUUUUGGGAGCAGAAAUUACCAGGCAAGAAAUAACCAAACCAGAAAUCCAAAUCGUUAAUGGCAUUCAACGUUUAGAACCUUUCCAUACCCCGCAUAAUGUAACCAGAAGUUUACAAUCCGUCAACAUUUCAGAAACCAAUGGAACAUCAACAAAAGAUUUACCUGUGCAUGCUCCAACCUUCACAACUGAACCAUCGACACUUACCACCAAAGAACCACCGAAAACAACGACACAACCAUUUAAGGCAGACAUUCCUAGGGGAUCACCCUGGGAAUCUAGGUCAGGUAACUCCAGAGGAUCUUUCAGAAAUACUCGUCCUACAGGCAGAGGCAUUCGUCCAAGUGGUAGAGGAUUUUCACUUUCAAGAGGAUCACGAAGAGGUAGUCGAACAAAUACAAUCGGCGGUCCUGCUUCCAGAAGGACUGUGAAUAUCCCCAAAAGACCAUUACCACCUUGGGCAACCGAUAAAAAUUCUGAAACCACAACUAAAAAGAUUUCAUCGACACAAUCUACUACUAUGCCAUCUACAAAGAAAGAGGAAAAUCAGCUGCCAGCCAUGAAUACAGCACAAUUUGCAAGACGAGGUGGCUCAAAACGCGUGGUGGUAAACAGAGGAAAUACAAAUAAUGUCAAAACUACAAAUCCAAGAAGAGAUAUUGUCACCGUGACAGAAACCAAUGGAACAUCGACUAUGGAUUUACCUGCGCGUUCUCCGGACCUUAUAUCUGAACCAUCGACACUUACCACCAAAAAACCAGCGACAUCAACAACAGAACCAAACAAUGCAGAAGUGCCCAGGAAAGCACCCUUGGAACCUCGGUCAGGUAGCUCCGGAGGAUCUUUCAGAAAUACUCGUCCUACAGGCAGAGGCAUUCGUCCAAGUGGUAGAGGAUUUUCACUUUCAAGAGGAUCACGAAGAGGUAGUCGAACAAAUACAAUCGGCAGUCCUGCUUCCAGAAGGACUGUGAAUAUCCCUAAAAGACCAUUACCAUCUUGGGCAACCGAUAAAAAUUCUGAAACCACAACUAAAAAGAUUUCAUCGACACAAUCUACUACUAUGCCAUCUACAAAGAAAGAGAAAACUCAGUUGCCAGAAAUGAAUACAGCACAAUUUGCAAGACGAGGUGGCUCGAAACACGUGGUGGUGAACAGUGGAGACACAGAUAAUAUCAGACCUACAAAUCCAAGAAGAGAAAUUGUCACCGUGAAAGAAAGCAUUGGAAAAUCGACUGUCGAUUUGUCUGCGCGUUCUCCGGACCUUAGAACCGAACCAUCGACACUUACCACCAAAGAACCAGCGACAAUAACGUCAGAACCAAUUAAAGCAGAAGUGUCCAGGCAAUCACCCUGGGAACCUAGGUCAGGAAGCUCCAAAGGAUCUUUCAGAAAUACUCGUCCUACAGGUAGAGGCAUUCGUCCAAGUGGUAGAGGAUUUUCACUUUCAAGAGGAUCACGAAGAGGUAGUCGAACAAAUACAAUCGGUGGUCCUGCUUCCAGAAGGACUGUGAAUAUCUCCAAAAGACCAUUACCACCUUGGGCAACCGAUAAAAAUUCUGAAACCACAACUAAAAAGAUUUCAUCGACACAAUCUACUACUAUGCCAUCUACAACGAAAGAAGAAAAUCAGCUGCCAGCCAUGAAUACAGCACAAUUUGCAAGACGAGGUGGCUCGAAACGCGUGGUGGUUAACAGAGGAAGCUCAAAUAAUCCCAAAAGUGUUGAUUCAAGGCGAGGAGGGGGAAUAGUAAUUUCAAUGCCAAAUGAGAGAUUGCCAUUUACAACUUCUUCUACAGCAGAUGAACCUAUGGGAGCUUCCCAAAACACAGAAAAUGAACAAAUCUCACCUAGUGUAAUUUUACAGAAUUCUGAAAUUUCGACAGGAAUAAGUUCUUCAUCGGUCACUACCACUACAACUACUCAGAUUUGGACGACGCAAUCUUCUAUAAGGGCAACUACAGAUGAACAAAGGCAUCAAGGUCCAGCAAUGAAUACAGCGCAGUUUGCAAGGAGAGGUGGAUCAAGACGUGUAUUGGUGAACAGAGGAAACACAAGUAACAUGGGAAAUAUUACGCCACGUAGUGAGGUUGAACUCGUGCAGACAGUAAUAGCAACCAACAACGAUGUCCUUCAAUCCCCCGACAGGGUAAUGUCACUGAAUUCUGAAACAUCCUCAAGGAGCACCUCGCGAUCAUCCACCGCCUCCACCACUACCGUACAACCCCCUGCAACUAUCACAACACCAACUGUUGCUACCACCAGAAGAGUGAGGAUGUUUAGACCAGGGAUGAUGUCGCCGGAAGACAAGAGGUCAGCACUACGAAAUUUCCAAGGAUAAAUUAAAUCACACUUUGGAGCGGAUACAGAAAUCCAGCUUUGACACAAAGCCAUGCUGUGCAAUACGUACCACAACACAAAUGAAAGGCAGAGCGAUGUAGAAUGUUCUCCGAGACGGAUACUACAAAAAAUAGACGUAUAUAAUCUACUAACACUAACGGAUUGUCUCACGUACUUUUACCUUAUUUAUUGCACCUGUUCACUUUUUAUAAUAAAACUCGGUUUUACAGAAAUA